AUGAAAGUAUUUGUCACUGGACCAGCGGGAGCUGGAAAGUCAAUGCUUAUACGAGCAUUAGCACAAUCUGUAAUUAGGAUAGCAAAUCUUAGACCAGAUAUAGAUGAUCUGUCACUUCCUCCCGUAUUGCUGACAGCACCAACAGGUAAAGCUGCAUAUGGAAUAAAAGGAUUAACACUUCAUUCCGCUUUCAAACUACCAUUGAAUCAAUUUGCCGGAUUAUUACCAAAGUUAAGUUCAGAUAUUUCAAAUACACUACGUUGUCAGUUUGCCAAUGUAAAACUUUUGAUAAUUGAUGAAAUUUCCAUGGUUGGCAUAAAAACACUGGGAUACAUUGAUCAACGAUUGAGGUCUAUAUUAAGAAUAAAUAAACCAUUUGGUGACAUAAAUGUAAUAGUGUUUGGCGAUUUCUUUCAAUUAGCACCGGUAUUAGCAACACCAUUGUACGAUAGUUUUGAAGAAAUAUUGUCUAAAUUUCCAAGUGCUGUAGAAAUGUUAUCGAUUAAAUCUAUUUGGGAAACAUUCAAGUUUUAUGAGUUGACUGAAAUAAUGCGCCAAAAAGAUGACAAACAAUUUGCAAUAAUGUUAACAAAGUUGGCCAGAGGACAGUUGGAGGAAGCUGAUGUAAAAUAUUUCCAAAAUCUAUAA